AUGAAUCCUUACACCAGCAAUGGGCUCUUUUCGCCUGUUCAGCCACCACCUGGACUGUUCACUGCAAACCGACCAGCAUUGUCCAUGAAUACGCGUCCAUCAGUCAUGCCUCCCCCUCCACGUGUGAAUGCAAAUGACGGUGAAGACUCAUACAUGAGACAACCCGUCGCGGCCGACCAAGCCAGAGGUCGCCAACGUCUGGCCAGACCUGCCGCACCACAGCCUCCUCAUGUUUCUGCAUCAAAAUGGAAGGCAUACCUUCGCAGACGUAGUGAGUCCAAAGAAAUCAACGUAGCCACCGAUACUCCGACUCCUGCUCCUCGACAUUGCAAGAACAGCAGUGCGAAAGGCAGUUUGGGCAAAUUCGCCGACAAACUCAAAUCGGCUUUCUUGGCUCAGGAGAACCAGCGCAUGGUCGAAGGUUGGAUAGAUGAUGUGGAUGAAUCCAACCAACCCCCAGUUGUUCUCACCACACUAGAACCUGCCCAUCAAGCACGCAUCUUUGCCGACCUCCAGGUUAUGUUGAAUGUCAGUGCAAACAAGUUUUUGAUCGAAGAGGCCAAUGCGGCGAGACUGAAUCCAGAGACAGUCGUCGGAUUUGCGAAAGACUGGAAGACUAAACAUGGCGACCCUGUGGUGGAAUUUCUUUAUGAUGUUGAGGUCCAAUACCGAUUAGUUCUCGCCAACCUCAAAACGAUCAAGUUCCGCGGCAGAUUUGAAAACAACUAUGUUGCUGUUAACGCCAGUCUGUGCACCUGGGUUGCCUAUGCUCAAAACUUGACCCAAGGAAUUCUCUGUCUCUCCGAUGAUGUUGUCACCAAGUAUGUCUACGAUCUACCCCCACUGCUUGAGAUGCUGGGUGCUUCAGAAAUCACUCGGGCAGCGUUGACUGAUCUUCAAUUGAGGGUUAUGGGUUUGCUCGGUGCUCGCACAUGGCUCUACGAGCAAGAACAACGAGCAAAAAGCCCAUAUCCUUCCACCAUCAACCAGUAUGGCGAUGGACUCUAUCAUAAGCGCUCCAUCCAGGACCCCAGCCCACAUGAUAUGCAUCACGGAAUCGAAUACGCGGUCAGAACUAUGCCACCGGUUAAGAUCCCUGCUGGUUUUCCGACUUCGAACGCACCUGCGAUCUACGCUCCCAAACAUCCAAGCGCUCAACCAAAGACUGUCAACGCUCAACAUCCAGCUACCCCAGACCAACCUGUGUCUGAGGGAGGACCAGGUCCAACCACUGAAUUCAUGUGUGUUGUUCGACAAGCUGGUUUGACCUCCCGCAAGUAA